UUUCUCACUUCUCUCUCCCUCUCCCUCUCUCUCUCUUUUAACAUACUCAGAAGCAUACACAUUUUAUGACUAUAAAUACCCUUCAACUUCUACACUACUCUCCAACAAUCUAAACGCCGCUCUUCUUACACACUCACCAAAUUAAACACAUCCCAAAAAACCACCCAAAAUGGUGGUCGCCUCACCCGGUACCGCCCAUAAUUUGGCCAACAUGAGGGGCUUUGCUAUCCAAGUCAUCACCGGCCGGUGGUUCAUGAUCUUCGCUUCAUUGCUCAUCAUGGCCGCCGCUGGUGCAACUUACAUGUUUUCCCUCUAUUCAAACGACAUCAAAUCAGCUCUCGGCUACGACCAAACCACUCUCAAUCUCCUCAGUUUCUUCAAAGAUUUAGGCGCCAACGUCGGCGUUCUCUCCGGUCUCAUCAACGAGGUCACUCCCCCGUGGGUGGUUCUCCUCAUCGGCGCGAUAAUGAAUCUUUUCGGGUACACCAUGAUUUGGCUCGCCGUGGCGAAAAAAAUGGCCAAGCCUCAGGUUUGGCUGAUGUGUCUAUAUAUUUGCAUUGGUGCCAAUUCUCAGUCUUUCGCGAACACUGGUGCGCUCGUUACUUGUGUGAAGAAUUUUCCUGAGAGUCGCGGCGUUGUGUUGGGGAUUUUGAAAGGUUAUGUUGGUCUCAGUGGCGCCAUAAUCACUCAGCUGUAUCAUGCCUUCUAUGGGGAUGAUACUAAAUCUUUGAUUUUGCUUAUCGGUUGGCUUCCUGCUGCCAUUUCUUUUAUUUUUCUCAGGACUAUUCGGGUAAUGGAGGUCGUGCGCCAUCCGAAUGAGCUGAAAGUGUUUUACAAUUUUCUCUUUAUUUCUUUAGGCCUUGCCGGGUUUUUAAUGUUCAUAAUUAUAAUAGAGAAACAGUUCACUUUCACUCAAGGGGAGUAUGGCGGAAGUGGCGCCAUGGUUCUUUUCUUGCUCUUUUUGCCAAUUCUUGUUGUUUUCAUAGAAGAAUUCAAGCGACGGAAGAUGAAACAAAUCAUCAUGAAUGAUCCUUCUCCGAUCAACGUAGUCUCUAAUGAGAAACCGAGUGAAAAGACGGCCUCAUCAACACCACCGCAGCCGCAACUGCCACCAUCAACGAACACCGAAAAAAGUUCAAUGGAACCUGCAGUAUCACUGCCACCACCAGAGAAACAACGUUCAUGUUGGACAACUUGUUUCCAGCCACCAGACAGGGGUGACGACUACACAAUUCUGCAAGCACUCUUUAGUAUCGACAUGCUGAUUCUCUUUGUCACUACAAUCUGCGGCGUCGGUGGAACCUUAACGGCAAUCGACAAUCUGGGUCAGAUCGGAACUUCACUGGGAUACCCCAAAAGAAGCAUAAGCACAUUCGUUUCACUAGUCAGUAUCUGGAACUAUCUCGGCCGAGUUUUUUCCGGUUUUGUCUCCGAAAUCUUUCUAGUCAAAUACAAAUUUCCUCGCCCUCUCAUGCUCACAAUCAUCCUCUUAUUAUCCUGCGUUGGCCAUCUUCUCAUAGCCUUCAAUGUCCCCAGUGGAUUAUACGUAGCAUCAAUCAUUAUCGGCUUCUGUUUCGGCGCUCAAUGGCCAUUAGUUUUCGCGAUAAUUUCCGAAAUUUUCGGCCUAAAAUAUUACUCAACCUUGUACAAUUUCGGGGGAUCCGCCAGCCCCGUCGGCUCAUAUCUGCUCAACGUGAGGGUGGCCGGAUAUUUAUAUGACCGAGAAGCCGAGAAGCAAAUGGUGGCUUCGGGGCUCACCAGGAAGGCCGGUGAAGAUCUGAGUUGUGUCGGAGUUGAGUGCUUCAAGUUGUCUUUUAUUAUAAUUACGGCGGCAACUUUGUUUGGUUGCUUAAUUUCUCUGAUUUUGGUGAUGAGGACGAAGAAAUUUUACAAAAGUGACAUCUAUAAGAAGUUCAGAGAAGCUGCCAAAACUGCAGAAAUGGAAAUGGCGAUGGAUAACCAAAACGGAGUUCGAUCAUAGGAGACAAAUUGCAAAGAUUAUAAUAGAUAGUUUGACUAUAGAAGCAUUGAAAUGUAAUCCACAAUUCCACAUUCAUGUUACUGUUUGGAUUUUAUCUGUAUAUUUUAUCUCUUGGGCUCUCGAUGUUCGUACCUUGAAGUGAGAUAAUAUGACAUAAUCGCAUUUUUUUCUUA